CCCCCCCCUCCGUUUUGGAAAUUCUUUUUGAACUAAACCAUUAGAUGCGUUACAUGAUCCUAUGGUGGAGCUCAGCUCCUUUUUCUAUAUAAAUAUUAAAAUAAACUGUUACAGAUGGCAAAUUUAGAAAAGGAUCAUUCAUACUCUGAAACGCCACAGCAAGCAGAGGCCACACCUGAAGAGUAUGCAGUUGCAGAUGUUGGCAUUUCACACCGUUUGAGAGACCGCGAACUUCUCAGAAAAAGAAGAGCAGAAGCAGAAGAAAAAGACACUGAACAGUGGGUUCUGGGGGAGCAAAAGAGACACAAGCGAGCACGGAAAGGAAGAGCAACUGGAAGGGCCCGAGGCCGGCGCCAGACUCCACAACCAGAACCACAACCAGAAUUGCAGUCAGAGAAAGCCGAGAGUCAUGAAACACAAGUGACCACAGUGGAGGAGAAACCUGAAGUCACUCAUGGACUCCAUGAAGAAUACUCUGUCCCUCUGGUGGUAACGGAAGGGUUGUAUUCCCAAGAGGAAAUAACUCCAUCUGUUUUCAGAUAUGCUCAGCACCCAGGAUUAGAGGAGACACCAAGACCAGAAGGCUCAGAGGACCCCCAAUCUUUGGAAAAUGAUCACUUGGAGCAAAAUUUAUUUGGCUUUUAAUUGAAAAGUUGUGGAUUAUAAUUGUUCCUUAUUCAAUGUGGAAAAGCUGUUAGGCUACAUGAUACCUAUCAUUCUUGUGUGAGCAAUAAAAAUUUGGUAGCCUUUGUUGUAAUUUUCCUGCAAUUUCUUCUUUUUGAAAUACCCUGUGACUGUGUCUUCCUUUGGAGGAUUCAGCACAAGGGAUUUUUUUUUUAAUGUUGGGUUUACUGACCUAUGUUCAAAUGAAGUAGCUUCUUCAUCUAGUAUCUUUAACAUGCCUUAGCCUGGAAGGAUCAUUAUCUUCAACCAUGAUGAUGGAGGACAAGGGUAACUAUCAUCCAAGCCAUUGUGGAGCUCCAGGCUGGGAAAAUUUGAAAUAGAGGCAAGCAGAAUGCCUCUGCCAGAUAGCAGCCAUCAGCCUUUUUCACAUCGGAACUGUCUAGAGGGAGAUGUUUUGCAUCCAUCUAUGGGUGCUUCAUUUGCUUAUAAGUAAUGUAUUAGAACAGGGAAGAACAAAGAUGAAUAAUAUAGAGGAAUAAGCAAAGACAUACCUCUCCAACAUUUUUUUCUCCUUAUGUUUCUUAUUUGUAGUCAUUGGGGAGGUGAAUGUUUGUGCUAUACCAUUGUGUAUUGUACAUGGGACCUACAUGACUGAAUGCACCUCUGUGUUUUUUUUAAUCCCUUCACAGAAUUAUCAGGAAACAAUAAAUCAAUUAGUCGACCUCAUUCGUGCAAGUUUUUAGGCCCAUCUCAGAAGCAACUUAUCCCAUUUAUAUACUUCUGUCAUUUUCCACCAUUAUUAUUUUCAAAUAAUCCACUGAGGGGAAAAAGUCAAACCACUGUAGGAGGUCUUUAGACUAAUAUAUAACACUUGGAAUUCUCUAUUUAGAACAAUCUCUAUAUUAGGACAAUGGGUUUCAGCCCUAUAGUGUUCUUUUUCCUUUUAUAUAUAGAAAUUAUGUGUUUGGGACCAUGCAUGUAAAGCCUUUAACAGGGACUGGGUAAUCCAUGUGUAGAUGUACAGAGUAAUAUAGUUACACACAUCUCCUGCUUUUCUGAUUUCGCCUGAUAAGAAUAAAAAGAAAUGCAGGCUAGUAAAACUCUUGACAUUAAUGACAUUUUUACUUCAUAACUCUUAGAAGCAGCUUGAAGGCAAUGCAUGGUCAGAGUUUAAAACAGAUGGAUCUGGAGAUUUAGAAAUGUUUAAAAUAAUUGCUAAGUCGAUUUAUUGCAGAAUUUCUUGUCUUAGUAUGUUUAGUUUCUGUAUACUCUUUAGAGACUUUGGCAGUGAAUGGUUUAGGAAAUUAAUAAAUCAAUAUAUAUUCUAUGAAUUUGAAAUGUUUGGCAUAUUUCUAUGAUCUAUAAUUGCCUUUGUGCCAAGAACAAGUGUAGAAAAUGGCUGCCUUGACCUGAACAACUGGAAGUCCUACAACAAUCAUCUAUCUUGCUCCUCUCAAAGCAUUCCCACUCCCUACAAAAGGAGUGAAAGAAAGAAAGAAAGAAAGAAAGAAAGAAAGAAAGAAAGAAAGAAAGAAAGAAAAGGCCAGGAGCCUAGUAGAUCUUGUCCCCUAAUGAAGUGAAUGUGGAAACAAAUUCUUGCUGAUUUUACUCCUGUUCUUUCCACUAUUGAAAGGAAGCUGCUAAACUAUUAAACCAGCAUUAAUCUCAAGGGACCUGAAACACAGGAGCCCAGAAAAAGAAUGAGACAAGAGUUCCAUCCAAUGGUGGCAUGGAGUAACAGCAACAUUAACGGUAAAGUUAAUGCUGACUUAAUAAUACCCUGCCCUUGUGAGGUUUCAAUUAAAUCAUAUCUGAACUGAGAACAGCUUUACCUUGAUGAUGAUAUCAUGGAGAACUGAAAUUGAGGGACCCUUUCAAGCUAGCAC